UGUUCUCUGAAUCUCCGAGGAUGCUUCCUAAGGUUAGUACUAAAGAAAGAGAAACAAUUUAAUGCAGUCCAUCGCAGAGAUAUAGUCUAAAAGAAAUUUGACUGAGAUCACAUUUUUCAAAACAGGUGGUUUGUUACUGUGCAUUGUUGAUCUUGCAAUUAGCUUAUGAAUUCUCUCAUGUAGCUGCAAAAAUUGAAAACAAAAAUUCCUAUGUUUAAUGUCAAAAUAUGAUGAGAGUAUUUUCUAGCAACUAUUCAAGAGCUAAAUUACUAUGUCUAAUUCAACGGAAGUUGGAAGCAACGAGAAUUCUGUUAGUAAAGAAAAUGACACAAACAACAACAGUUCCAACUCAGUUACAGCUACAUCCACACCAAGCAAUCCUGCCUCUAAGCUUAAAAAGUGGAAGGCUUUGUCUGCUAGUAAACAUAUGGAGACAAUUGUUAAGGAAGAAAGACAGCUUCCCAGAUUCAUAUUCGAUCCAGACAGUCCUAUCGUUUGUUAUUGGACGGCUGCGGUAGCAAUAGCUACUUUGUAUAACGCUUGGACUGUGGCUCUUCGAAUAGCCUUUCCAGAAAUUCGUCAAGAGAAUGGGCCAAGCUGUAUGUUUUAUUUUGACAUAUUAUGUGAUUUUAUUUAUUUGUUUGAUAUAUUUGUACAACUGCACACCGCCUAUUUAGAAGAUGGAAUUCCUGUUUUCGAUCAUCUGAAGAUUCGUCAACAUUUCAUCAGUCAACCUCAUUUUAUUGAAGAUGUCAUAUCUGUGUUGCCUAGUCAAACUCUCAUUGCUUACUUGCCAGGCAGUUUCAGCUGGUUAAAGUUUUUUUUGUGUACAGCAGGUGCAGCACGUCUGACAAAGCUCCUGAAAUUUCAUAUCUUAUACAAGUUCUACGAUCUCGCUGAAAGUUUCACAAGUAAUCCACAUCUGAUACGGGUCCUGAGACUGUUUCUCAAUUUAGCCAUCAUCAUUCAUUGGAUUGCGUGCCUUUAUUAUCUCUUAUCAGAUUAUGAAGGUUUAGGAAGCAAUGAUUGGGUCUAUACAAAUGACACGGAACAGCAAAGAUUUUCUAGAAAAUAUAUAAUUUGUCUUUAUUGGUCUGCUAUGACGCUGACAACAAUUGGUAAUGCUAACGAUCCAGAAACAGAUUUAGAAUACAUUUUCACUGGUUUGAUAUUUAUGGCUGGUGUGUUUGUAUUUGCAACUGUAAUGGGUAAUGUUGGCGAUGUAAUAUCAAGUAUGAACGCCAACAGACAGGAAUUUCAAGCCAGAAUGGAUGAAAUUCAAAUGUAUUUAACACAUAAAAAAGUUCCAGCCUCAUUGCAGCUAAAAAUAAAGAAAUGGGCAGAAUACACGUGGUCUAGAACUAAAGCAACUGAUGAGUCACGUUUGCUGAAUAUGUUACCCGAGAGAUUACGAGCUGAAGUUGCAGUUCAUGUGCAUUUAGAUAGCUUAAAAAAGGUUAAAAUUUUCGAGCAAUGUGAAACCGGAUUCCUUUGCGAACUAGUACUCAAACUUCGUUCGCAAGUAUAUUCUCCCGGCGACUACGUCUGCAGAGCGGGCGAAACAGGUCGUGAAAUGUUUAUUAUAAAUCAUGGAAAAGUUGAGGUAAUAGUGAAUAAUUCAACUUCAGCCAAACCAAUGGUUGUCGCUGUUUUAAGUGAAGGGAAUUAUUUUGGAGAAAUAAGUUUACUUCGAUUAGAAGGAGUUCAAAACAGCGCCUUUUUCCGUAGACGAACGGCUGACGUACGCUCCAUAGGCUAUUCAGAACUUUUAUGCCUCUCCAGGCGGGAUCUCAUGGCGGCCUUGGUAGAAUAUCCAGAAGCAAAAUCUGUGCUAGAAGAUCAUGCUAAGAAAAGAAUGAAGACCAAUCUUCAGGCUCAGAGAGCAUUUAGUGUAGAUACACUUCUCAAAAAUUCCCAAGAAAAUUCAGUUGAUAGUGGAAUUGUGACAAAAGAAGAAGAAAAAGGACAGGAAGUUUCUGAAAUAAAAGCCAUGAUUGAAGAUUUAAAGAAUGCCAGCAGAGUUCCUGGACGAACAAUAUGGCAGCUUAUUGCAAGGUGUGAAGUUUUGCAAUCGAAGUUACUUGAUAAAGAAAAAGAAGUUGAAGAUUCCAAACACCGCAUCAAAGAUCUUGAGCAACUUUUAUUUUCUCAUCACUAUCCCAAAUACGAUGAAGAAGAAUCCCCACAAUGCUCUGAAGAAUCAACAGAGAGCUCUCCCGUCAAGAGCUUAAGAGCCAUCAGCAGUAACAACAAAGUAGUCAAGCAAUUUUCUCAAGAUGAAGGACGCAGAAUCAAGCCGGAAUCUUCAGGGAGUUCCCCAGAGGAUGGAGACAAAAAUGAGAAUCGAACUAUUCCGGAUCUCAAAAUCACAAGGCCUUCGUCAGAGGGUAGUUCAGGCGAAGACACUGAUCGAAAAUACUCGUUGGAUUCGAACACUUUCAUCAAAACUUCGAAGAUCCAUAAUAUCUACGAAAGGAACGUGGCUCCAAGGAAGGAUGAGUCACUUCCAGAAUCGAGUUCUGAAAAAGACCUCUCAACGAUUGAAAGUAAUCGUGCAACAGAUUGCUUUACGAACUUCAAGAUUUGCACGCAGAACAUUUGGGAUUGGAAAUCGUGUUCCAAUUACUGCUUCUCUAACGAGACACUGAUUGAUCAAGAAUUUUUCUUGAAUAACGAACAGGGUUUGUCUCUGUCCACCAGCAUUAAAGACCAAUUCUCUGUAUCGGAUUCGAAUCCGGUAAGUAUACCUACAAUACCAGAAGAGAGUGAAGACGAUACGUGCGUCACUGCAAGCAAUAAUAACGCGUCUGAGUCAACAGACGCAAAAACUGAAACCAAACACAACCAAUCAGCGAAUAGUGUUGAAAAUCAGCAUGAGCUUAAUCAAACAGCAAAGGAUGUUAAGUGCCUUGAAGAUGAAGAAGACAUGGACCGUAUCAACUAUAGGCGUCUUCGUCUUUUAAGUGACUGUUUUUUGAAUGAUUCGAAUUCAAGAAGGAACAGUUGGAACAAUUCUGAUUCUGAUGCUUACAGUGACGAUGAUGAUGAAAUUACUUCUAGUUAAAUGUCUGAAAUUCUUGCAGUUUUUUGAGAGAAAUAUGUUAUUUAAUUGAAACAUUUUAUCAAGAGUUCCAGAAGUCUAUAUUUAAAACAAAAUACGAGAAUUUUCAUAACAAACAAGAUUGUUCUUUACAUAAUACCUUUUAAUGUUAAAUUUUUUGAAGUUUUAUAUUUAUUGUAUCAUAAAUUCACUUUGAACCAGAUGAUAUCAUUUGAUAUGCAAAAAUAUACGUGGCGUAUGUUUUUAAAUGUAUAUUUUAAGACAACAUUUUUAAUCGCAUAAUAAAUCAAGAUUGAUGCAAUAAAAAGUUAUUGUGUAA